AUGGCCGAUGACGCACACGGCACAGGCACUAUAAAUGUUUCUCAAACAAGCGUUUCCUUUAUUCCGUCUUAAAAUACUACAAGUCCCUCACACACGACCAAUCCAAUCCGAGGCACACAAAUCACAAUGUCAGCAACGUGCAAACUAGGAGACAACCUUAGCUUAAACGAUAAAACCAACGAAAGCCCCUCACCUCCUCCGCCAGUGGUGAAGAUGGUGGUCUCAGAACUAAGAGUUCAACGAGGAAUAGCCCUUCCAAUGGUGGCCAUGAACUUGGCUUGGUUUGCCAAGACAGCCAUCACAACUGCAUUUCUAGGCCGUCUUGGGGAGCUCAGUUUGGCAGGUGGAGCUCUCGGCUUCACUUUUGCUAACGUCACUGGCUUCUCUCUCCUCAAUGGCCUUUGCGGUGCCAUGGAACCCAUAUGUGGACAGGCUCAUGGUGCCAAAAACUUCAGGCUCCUUCACAAGACCCUUCUCAUGACAACCCUCUUGUUGCUGUUGGUAUCACUUCCCAUCACUUUCUUGUGGCUUCAUGUUGACAGCAUUUUGAUUCGUUUUGGCCAACAGCAAGACAUCUCCACAGUGGCCAGAACCUAUGUUUCUUGUCUCAUACCUGACUUGUAUGUCGCCUCAUUCUUCUGUCCCUUGAAAGCCUACUUGAGCUCUCAAAGCAUAACUCUUCCCACCAUGUUUAGUUCUGCUGUGGCACUAGCUUUUCACGUACCCGUUAACAUAGUGCUCUCAAAGACCAUGGGCCUCAGGGGAGUCUCCAUGGCGGUUUGGAUAACUGAUCUUAUUGUUGUGGUUCUGCUUGCCAUUUAUGUUCUGAUUCUUGAGAACAAAAAGGAAAGCAUGUGGAAGGAAGGAGGGUGGUGGGAUCAGAGCAUUGAAGAGUGGAUUAGGCUGCUCAAGCUAUGUGGAUCAUGCUGCCUCAACACGUGCCUUGAGUGGUGGUGCUACGAGAUCCUAGUUUUACUUACUGGCCACCUCACUAACGCCAAGCAAGCAGUGGGAGUUUUGGCCAUUGUGCUAAAUUUUGACUAUUUGCUUUUCUCAGUCAUGUUAUCGCUAGCCACUUGUGUUUCCACCCGUGUCUCAAAUGAGCUUGGUGCGAACCAACCUCGUCUUGCUUACCGAUCAGCGUGCGUGUCUCUGGCAUUGGGCUUUAUCUCUGGUUGCAUAGGCAGCUUGGUGAUGGUGGCUGCCAGGGGAAUUUGGGGGCCCCUGUUUAGCCAUGAUGUAGGAAUUAUAAGGGGAGUAAAGAAAACAAUGUUGCUGAUGGCUCUAGUAGAAGUGUUUAAUUUUCCGUUAGCAGUUUGUGGAGGCAUAGUUCGAGGGACAGCAAGACCCUGGUUGGGCAUGUAUGCGAAUCUAGGUGGAUUUUACUUCCUGGCCUUGCCACUUGGUGUUGUUUUUGCCUUCAAGCUCCGUCUUGGGCUUGUUGGACUCUUCAUUGGACUUGUCACUGGAAUUGUCACAUGCUUGACGCUGUUAUUGGUAUUUAUUGCGCGGUUAAACUGGAUGGAAGAAGCUGCCAAGGCACAAACACUAGCGGGCAACGAGCAGGUUAAGGAACUUCCCAAAUAUGACACUGAAGAAGGAGUUGACGCUCAUGAAAAAGAUCAAGUGUAAAGUAAAAAGAAUAUUAGAAAAAAAAUAUCUCCAAGACUGCAUCUAACCAAAUUCAAAGAUCUUUAAACACUAGACCAGGCCCGGACGAAUUAGAGACGUAUUAGACACAGCUUCGCCGUGUGGGCAAAUUGAAAGCAGGAGGUCAUCCGUACGUUACCUCAAUCGCUACUCAUUUGUCCACCCACUUUUAGUGUUUCAGUGCUCAAGGACUUUUCCUGAAAAUCACUUAAAAGCAACCCACAUCGCUUUGCUUUGCUUUGCUUUUGCCCGUUUAUUUAUUUUUCUUUCUUUCUUUUGUUUGAUUCGAGAGAGGGGGAAGGGCCCUUAACAUUUGAAAAUUAGAUUUAUGCAUUCCAAAUCAAUAGGCAAAACAGAACAGCCUGUUGAUCUAUCAAUUGUACAAACAA